GGUCCAGCAGAGGUUAAAGUGAUAGUAGUGUACGCCUUUCUUGUACACAUAUUAGCUUAGUUUUAGUGAAAUUCCUGUUGAAAAAAUAUUCGUAUUUGCCAUGGGCCCUUCGCUUUGAUUGCACUUAGUGAUAUUAAAAUUAGGGAACAUGAAAAAGAUAUAGCCCUGUUGUCUCCUCUUGAAACUAGUUAGGCCCGGCCUCUCUUGUAGCGGUGUAAACAAUCUACGAGAGGAAACGUUCUUUACCCGAGGCUAAAUUAUUGAUACAGUACUGUGCUAUAUUUCUAACAAGGAGAAAUAAUGCCAAAGGUAGUGUCUGGCAGUGUGGUGGUAUCGGAUGCCAAGGACCAACAGGAGUACAGUGAAGAUAAACCCCUCAUUGUUUACUACUGCCUCUGUGGUCAGAUGGCUGUUAUUCUUGAUUGUAGCAUGGAGAGAUUACCCCUCAAGCGUGAUGGAGCAAGAGUCAUCGAUGGCUCUCGACAUGCCCACCGCCUUGUUUGUGACCCUGAUGAAACUGUAUUUAUCCGAAGAUCAGAAGGUGUUGAGAAGCAGUACAGAAAGAAAUGUAAAAAGUGUGGUCUUCUUUUGUUUUAUCAGCACAACCCCACAACAAAUGUUGUCUUUGUUGUUAAGGGUAGUGUGGUACAAAGUGGUGGAAAAUCAGUCGCACAGCAAGUUGCAGAUAAGCCCAAGGAUCGCAUACUUAUUACACGCCAUACAAAGAAUAUGGGCAAAUUUUCAUCAGUUACUGUAUCGACAAUUGACGAAGAAGAAGAUGAAAUUGAGGCGGUGAAAGUUGCGGAUUCUUAUGCAAACAAUGCCAGAAUUAUUGAGAAGCAACUAGAGCGGAAAGGUAUGAAUAAGCGAAAGAGCCAACUUGCAGCAGAAGACAGUUCAACAGCAAAGCAAGUUCGAGGACACUCAUCAACCAGUAGUUACAUGUACUAAACACUAUGUAUGCAUUUUUAUAGAGUACAUUAUUACCUCUAUCUAAAUAAAUGGUGAACAGCCAAUUCAUGUAUAGGGA